AUGCCCUCUGCCAUAGUAGACUUAUCAGGUGUUCGCCUGAUAGCAAAUUCAGAACGUUCCUCAGUAAAUACUCCAGAUGACGUGAUAUCGACCCCAUUUGGACUUUCACUCAUAGAAAUCCAAGGUGAGUUGAAUUUGCCUCAUGAAGCUCCUAUAAAUGUUCAGAAAAAUGAUACCAACGCUGAAUAUAUACGAAAUUUCGUCACUGUGGACGAGAUUAAACAUGCGGUGAACUUUGGACAAUUGCAGCUUGAUGAAAAAGACCCUUCAAAGGUGACCCUUUUCAUUGGAAAAUCACAGAGAUUGUUAGGUUCCAUAGUCGAAUUGGAUCUUCCUUUAGGAGUUAUGAAAAUUCCACUCAACCAAGAUACCAGUCCAGAAAACGGAAACGAAAAACAAAAAGAAGACAUACAGAUUGUCGACAUUGUUCGCAAGAAAAUGAUCUUCAAACAGAGGCCAUUGCCUAUAAUGCAAUAA